UUGCCGCAGCGAGAGUUAGUUUAUGCUGCGCAACUAACCGCGAUUGACUGCGUCUCCGGAGUGUCUGUCUGGUUUGUGUGUGUGUGCCUGGCGUGUCUCUGUGUUUGUGAUGCUGUGCAUAAAGUAACGGCCCCCGCUAGGAUAUGAUGCCGCACGUCCUGAUCGUCGUGCUGAGCGUGAUCGUGAGCAUCGCGGCGGGCAGCGUGCGCCACUGGACGCGCUGUGAAGUGGCCCGCGAGCUAGCGCUCAAGCACGUCCCGGAAGAGCAGAUCGCCGAUUGGCUGUGCAUCGCCGAGCAGGGUGCGUCGUACAACGGGUCGGCCGUGAACGCGCGGUUCAAACAUUACGGCGGCAGUGGCUAUUACGGGCUGUUCCAGCUCAUCGACCGGUACGCUUGCGCCCGGUACGGUUCGAUCUGCGGGCUGGCGACGUGCAACCUGCUGCUCGAUGACGAGCUGGACGAUGACAUUGAGUGUAUGCUGAAGGUCCAUGCGGCUUACGUGCGGGAGCUGGGCGAUGGUUUCGCUGCGUGGCCGAUCCACGCGACGGCAUGCCGCGGGGUUCGGAAGAUCCCGUUCGAGGACUGUAUCGAUGAGGAGGUCGUGCGGGUGCAGGAGUACUUUAAGCGCAAGCGUGCGAAGGCAAAAAAAGCGAACCUUGUGCAGGCGACGGUCGGGAAGGUGUACGAACGGUGCGAGCUGGCGAUGGAGCUACGCGAUCGACAUCGAAUGCCGAUGGAGCAGAUCGCAACCUGGGUGUGCAUUGCGUACCACGAGAGUCGGUUCAAUACAUCCGCAGAGGGGCGUCUCAAUGCGGACGGAAGUGGCGAUCAUGGGCUGUUUCAGAUCAGUGACAUCUACUGGUGCUCGCAGGAUGACCAUCGGCCGGGCAAAGCGUGUCGCGUUACUUGUGCCGCCAUGAGGGACGAUGACAUUGCUGAUGAUGUGCGGUGCGUUAGGACGAUCUACGACGAGCAUCAGCGCAUUUCGGGCAAUGGCUUUCACGCCUGGACCGUGUACCGACCGUACUGCGAGGGACGGGAAGCAAGCUUCGUGCACAACUGCUUCGAAGGGGAAACGCAUCCAACGACGCAGAAUAAACCAAGGCCCGGGAUUGUUGCUCCAACGACCAUUCCGACCGUCCCGAAGAAGAGUUUGGCGGAGGUUGGCAAGGUGUACGAUCGCUGUGAGCUGGCGAAUGAUUUGCUGCACAAGUUCCACCUGCCGAAGGAGCAGGUUGGUACGUGGGUGUGCAUUGCUUACCACGAGAGUCGGUUCAAUACAUCCGCAGAGGGGCGUCUCAAUGCGGAUGGAAGUGGCGAUCAUGGGCUGUUUCAGAUCAGUGAUAUCUAUUGGUGCUCUCCACCGGGCAAUGGGUGGGCUUGUGGAGUGAGUUGCGAUGCGUUUGACAUCAGUGACGAUGUGCAAUGCGUAAAGACGAUCUACGAAGAGCAUCAGAGACUGUCUGGGGACGGGUUUAAUGCCUGGUCAGUGUACAAGCCCUACUGUCAGCGUGAUGCGGUGAAUACGUUCGUUCGUGGUUGCUUUGGAGAAGAGGUGGACAUUGCCCAUCCAGUGACGGUCCCACGACCUGCCAUCACAGCACCAACGAGAGUGCCCCAGACACGCACGUCCCCUGGCAAAGUGUUUGAACGCUGCGAACUAGCCCAAGAGCUUCACCGACAGGGUCUUUCCCUGGAGCAAACCGCAAUCUGGGUGUGCAUCGCCAAGUAUCAAUCGAACUUCAACAGUUCCGCGCUCGGGUACGGCCCGAACGGUGUGCAGUACCACGGUAUGUUUCAGCUGAGCGACGAGUACUGGUGCUCGCCGCCCGGUCGCGGUUGGGUUUGUGGCAUCAGCUGCGCCCAGCUGCGGGACGCCGACCUCAGCGACGAUCUUGGCUGCAUGCAGUUCAUCUUCGAGGAGCAUGCGCGCAUUUCCGGCGAUGGUUACAACGCCUGGGCAGUGUAUCAACCGUACUGCCGGGGGAAAAGCGACACCAUGAUCGAGGGGUGCUUCGAGGAGGGUGAAAAUGCGAUCGUUCCCACACCACCGACCACGAGGCGGCCGAUCGCGCCGCCGAAGAAUUUCCCCCGCGGCAAGGUGUACGAGAGGUGUGAGCUGGCACGGGAGCUGUACUAUCGGCACGGGCUGCCGUACGACCAGAUCGCCACGUGGGUUUGCAUAGCGCACCGGGAGUCGAGCUACAAUGUGUCGGCGAUCGGGCGGCUGAACGCGGACGGCAGUGAGGACCACGGGCUGUUUCAGAUCAGCGACAUCUACUGGUGCUCGCCCCCCGGGAAGGGAUGGGUCUGCGGGCUGUCCUGUGCCGAUCUGGAGGAUAACGAUCUGGCGGAUGACGUGGAGUGCAUGAAGACGAUCUACGAGGAGCACACGAGGCUGUCGGGCGAUGGGUUCAACGCUUGGGCCGUGUACCGGCCGUACUGCAAGGGACGAGCGGACCGGUACAUUGACGGUUGCUUCGAAGAUCCCGACGAUACGACGACGACGACAACGGCAGCGAUCACGACAAUGCCAACCACCACGCGAUCGCGCACGACAAGGUCACGGACAAGUACGACAAAGUUGCCGCGCUGGAGUACGGUACCUCGCACGACCACCAUCACAGCCACCACCACCACCAAGGUAAGGUCUACACAACGCCAGACAGUAAAAACAAGCCGCCCAUCCACCGUCUCGACGACGGUGCCCCCUUCAACCACAAGCCUGUACGAGUUCUAUCUGAACAACUUCGGCCGCCGUCCCGCCGUCAGCACCGCCGCGCCGGUGUACACGUUCAAACCGUUCGCUUCCCGGCUGCGGGCAACCGAAAGCACUGCCACCGAAAGCUCGUCAACGCUGUCCACCGCCGCCACCACACUGCCACCGGUCGUGACCACUGCAAGGUUUAGUGACUUUAAUCGCUGGUUUCAGGCCGGUUAAACGCAAACGGGGCGUUUAAAACGAUCUUCCCAAAGUAGACUCUAAAUGCGUCUGUUCGGUAGCACCUUUUAAAAAGAUAAAUAAAUCUCCGCUCGUUUUUAUUUGUUGCUUUCUAUACAAUCAAACCAGUUUGUGACAUUUAGCGGGAGAAAAAAAAAGAUCACUUGCAGCAAAGAAAUAAAUCCCACGAAUGAAUCACGCCAAAAAAGGAGAUGGGUUUUUGAUUACAGGCUACGCAGCAGACAACAAUUCGUACCAGUUCCGUUCUUUAUGCUUUUGGGCGAAGGGGGUUGAUUUGCAUAAGUUGACACCUGCCGGCUCGGUAGAAGAUCACUCAUCGCUGGUUUCGUACAUGAUGCGACAGGAAAUUCCCCAUAAAUAGGGACCAAAUGUUGGUUUGAUGACGUUAGAGCACAAGAUUUUAAUCUUAUUAUGGGAGACUAUCCAUACAUUACGUAACGCGCAUAAGUGAGAGGGCGUAGAGGGUUUUAGGCCCUUUUGGCAUAAUACAAAACAAUAUGUUCCAUCAAUUUAAUUUUGUAUGCAGGUGAAAUUAUGCAAAAACUUCAUGCAAAACAGCAAAAACUCUUUAAGCCUGGAAAAGUAUCAGCAAACGUCAAUUCGUUGCUUCCUUGAUAAAGUGUAGUCAUGUGUAUAUUUUUAAAUUAACUAUGAAGCUGUGAAACGUAAAUAAUAGUUUUAAACGAUGUUUCCAACAUAUAAACAGUUAAAAAUUAUAACAUAUAAAAAACGGGGUAUUUUUUGGACGUACCAUUUUCCAAAUUAUCAAACCAAAAUGGAAUCGAGGGGGUUAAAAGAGGCAUGGAGCCUAACAGUUACGUAAUUUAUAGAUGGCCAUUAUCUUCAGCGAUUCAUUUUGCUCAACUAGUCGUGAAAGAGCAUGAAAAACAUAGUUUUUUUGAACGAGGAACACUAAAUUAUUAUUUUGUUAUUUUACGUAAUUUAUGGAUGACCCCUUAAGAUCGUAAAUCAUUAUCUUAAAUCGUUGGGCAGUAUUUGGUGGCAUACGGUCAUGUGCAGGCAUUGAUAAACCGAAGAAUUAUUCUUGAAUCACAGCUCCACCGUCACCAGUUUGACAUUUGGUGAGGUUUUACGAGAGUUCUUUCCCCUGCUGAGCAAAUGUUUACACACCUUGAGCCAGACAAACAAUCAGCCAAACGAUCGGUCAUAGCCGGUGUGCCGGUGCGCGUUUGAAUGGCGCAUUAUAAAGGCGCAUGUGUGGGAAAAAUAUCGUAAAGCCAAAGUUCAAUCAGUCCGACCCGUUGAAGGCGCUGCUAUCGGUGAUCUUACGAUCGAUGUAACGCGAUCGCGAUACGACAUAAUUUGUUGCAAAAAGAAAAAAAAA